AUGCCACCAAAGCCUAGAAUCAAUAAGGAGUCUAAGCUUAUAAAGGAGCUCAGUAGGCUCGUUGUGGAUAAGCAGCAUGAGGUGGCGGGACUUGACGAGGAGCACCGCCACCUGCGCUUGCGCGCCGUCGCCGUCCAGUGUGUUGUGCAGCAAAUCGAAGCGCUGAUCGAGCUGGCCACGGAGCUGCAGCAGCAGCAGCAGGUGCCGUUGCUGCCGCUGCCGCAGCCGCCGCCGCCGCAGCAGCAGCAGCAGCAGCAGCAGCAGCAGCAGCAGCAGCAGCAGCAGCAGCAGCAGCUUGUAGACCUCCAGGGCAGCAACGCCAGCUGCAGCAGCGCGGCAGGGCCGCUGUCUGAGUGGGGGUCGGAGCUAGCCCGUAUCAAGGCAGAGCUGCAGGCCGGCCCGCACUCGCCUUCCCAGUCGUGCAGCGCCGCCUCUGCCGCCGCCGCCGCCGCCGCGGGCCGCUCCGGCGCGCCGGCAGAGCCCGCGCUGAGCGUCAGCUGGUGGCCAGCAGGCGCAGAAGCGCUGGCCGCGGCCCACAGCUGGACAGCAGAGCGCGCCAAGCGGGCCCUUCAGGAGCACCUGCGGCUGUUCGGCCUCCUCACGCCCCGCGUCCGCACCGGCGCCCCCGACGCGGCCUCGGCGCUGCAGCGCCUGGGGCAGGUGCGCGGCGGCCUGCUCGCGUUCUGCUCAGUGCUGACGCUGGUGGCGCCGGAGCUGAUCGGCGGCCUGCUGCUCUCCCCCAUCGACGCCGAGGGGCCGAUGGGGGACGGCAGGGAUCCGCCCCUGGAGCACUACGUUCAUGCUGCGAGACACACGGGGCUGACGCCAGAGCAGGUCCAGCUGGCGCUGAUAAUUGUCGACGCGUACGACGCGCGCCACGCGCGCAUCGCCGAGCGCCGCGACGCCGCCUGCGCGCGGCUCGCCGAGGCGGCGUCGAAGCGGGAAGCAGCGGCGGCGGCGCCGGGCGUGCACAACCUGGCGGAGGAGAACGCGGCGGCGCUGGAGGACCACAGGGUGCUGGAAGAGCUCACGGCCAUUCAGGCGGCUGACAUAUGCGGCAUGGCGGCGCACUCCCUGGCCAUUUAUGACAGCGUCAUGACGGCCGAGCAGUUUGCCGAGUUCAGCGUCCUCUGCUGGCCCCGCGUGCCGACGCUUGCCGCCGUGAAGCAGGCCACCCGAGGCGAGGCCCAUGCGCAACGUCUGGCGCUCGCCUUGCUCGCGCAGGCUCUUCAGGCGCUAUCUGAGGAGUGCCAUGGACAGAAUGGAUGCGCAGGUGCUUCAGGUGGCGCGCGAGAGCAGGGCUCUGGUGGAGCCGGCGGCAGUGGCCGGGGCCCCGGCAGCAGUGGCGGCAAGACCCACGGCUGCGAGCAACACAGGGAUGUGCUGCAGGGCCCUGGUCGGCCGUAG